AUGUGCUGUGAAAUUGAUUAUAUUGAUGAUUUGACUUUGAAAUCUUUAUCUGCUACUCGAUGGGAAAGUCAUAUAGAAAGUGUUAAAGCUAUCAAAACUGAAGUUGGCCAAAUUAGAGAUGCUUUAGUACAAUUGGCUCAAGUAAGUGAGGAUGGAAGAGUGUGUAGGGAAGCCGAGUCUUUGGUUAAUGUUAGCAAGAAGUUACAGUCUAAAGAUAUGUUUCUUGAUGUUGCAAUACAAAAUCUAAAGAGAUUAGUUGAAUAUUUUGAAAAAUAUUGGGAAAGCGGGUUUACAUGUGCCAUUCGUGAAGCUAAAGAAGGUUUAAUGGCGGGGACCUCAUGGCUCCGUGGUCCAUAUUUCGUGAAGCUAAAGAGAUUGCAAUUACGAACCAGAUUUGAACAAAUGCAAGAAUUUGAAUCUAUGUUUGAUGGGCGAAAUUUGGUUACUUUACAUGAUGACGAGUUAAAAAAAUGUUGUUUGAACCAUGAACUUGCUUUAACAAAUGGUAAUGAUUUUGAUAUUGAUGGCGAAUAUUUGUUUAUGGAGUUACAAAUUUUGCAGGGAAUGCUACCAGAAGAGGCAUCUAAAAGUGGAAAUCCUUGGAUAUCGAUACAAAUUAUGGAGUUCGCAAAGAAAAUGGACAUGUUUCCACAUGUCUUGCUUGCUUACAGGAUACUAUUGACCGUACCGGUGACCGUAGCAUCUGCAGAAAGAAGCUUUUCAAAGUUAAAGUUGUUGAAGUYRUAUCUACGGUCUACCAUGAGUCAAGAAAGAUUGAACGGGCUAGCAAUCUUGAGUAUUGAGA